AUGGCAGCAGCAACAGUGACUCUCUCUGACGGCAGGAGACUGGCCUACGACCUCUCCGGCCCCGUCGACGCCCCCGUCGUGCUUCUGUCCAACUCGUUGAUGACCAACUUCCACGCCUGGGACCCGUUCACCGCCGAGCUGCAGUCGAAAGGCUUCCGCGUGCUGCGAUGGGACCUGCCGGGCCACGGGGGGUCGUCGGCGCCGCAGGACGUGUCAUCGACAACCUUUCCGAGCAUCAGCGCGGACGUGGCGGCGCUGGUCGCGGCGCUGAAGAUUGAGCGCAUCCACGCGUGGAUCGGCAUCUCCAUGGGCGCCGCGCUGGGCGUGUACUUCGUGACGCAGAACCCGGGCGUGGUGCGGAAUCUGGUCGUGGCCGAUACCAUCACAUCGUCGCCUGUCAACGCGGGCACGCCGGACGUUUUCGCUCCCCGAGUCGAGCUGGCGCAGAAGGACAGCAAUGCUAUCGCCACGCUGGCGGAGCAGACGCUGGAGCGGUGGUUCAGCGCCGAGUGGCGAGAGGCCAACCCUGCAGAGACAGACCGCAUGAGACAGCUGCUGAGGACGACGACGCGAGAAGGAUACAUCACCUGCUGCCACGCGCUGCGGGACCGCUCGUUCGACCUGCGCCCGCUGCUGAAGCGGGUGGGAUCCUCGGUGGAGAGUGCGUUGCUGGUGGUGGGCGAGCUGGAUGCGAAUCUGCCGACGACGAUGGAGGAGAUGAGGCAGGAAAUCCAGGGCGGGCAGACGAGCGAGGUGCGCCUGGUGGUGAUUCCAAAGGCAGGCCAUGUGCCGGUGAUUGACGGGCGAGAACGGUUUUACGAGGAGGUUUUGCGGUUUAUUGAGAGGCCGUUAGGCAAGAUAUAA